CAGAAAGCUGCAUUACAACACUAAAUAAAAACUCGAAUUCGGUGGUCUGUGCGGUUUCUCUUCCGCCGCUGUGUCGUCGUCGGAGCGGGCGCGCGGCCGGCCGGCUGAAAUGAGGGCGAUCGUGCAGCGAGUCUUGUCCGCCAGCGUCGAGGUGGAGGGGCGCGUGGUAUCGGAGAUCGGGCCCGGCCUCCUCGUCCUCGUCGGCAUCCGCGACUCCGACGCCGACUCCGACGCCGAUUACAUAUGUAGAAAGGUUCUAAACAUGAGGUUAUUUCCAAAUGAAAAGACUGGAAAAGCAUGGGAUCAGAGUGUUAUGCAAAGGCAAUUUGGAGUUCUAUUGGUCAGUCAAUUUACCUUAUAUGGCAUUCUCAAGGGUAAUAAGCCAGAUUUUCAUGUGGCUAUGCCACCUCAGGAAGCAAAACCCUUUUAUGCGUGUCUAGUUGAGAAGUUUCGCAAAGCGUACACUGCAGAUUUGGUGAAAGAUGGUAUCUUUGGAGCAAUGAUGAAGGUUAAUUUGGUAAAUGAUGGCCCUGUUACAAUGCAACUUGAUUCUUCCGCAGCACAAGAUUCAUCUCAACCAAGGAGUGCUGCCUGUGGGCUGGUGGAAGAAACUGAAUGAUGACAGCAGAAUUGAUUGGGUUUGAGGAAGGAGGAGCAACUCUUUCAAAUCUAUUCCUCUGAGAGAUAUGAAAUACUGUCAUUUCUCGUGGUUUUUUAGUCUAUGCUAAUCCGCCUUUAGUUGUCUGUAGAAUAAAAUUUGUACGGAUAUGCAUAUAAUUAUCUAUAGACUUGAAUUAAGUUAAUCAUUCAAAUGAGCCAUUUUUGUUUGAAUGAAUAAACAACCAUUGUGGUAAUUUUAUUGUACUCUUGAAUAGGACAUCUUUAUGGAGGGUCCUAGUGAUCCAAAAUAAGAUAUAUUUACCUUUGAAGUUA